AUGAAUGAGUCAUCUGCCAAUGUGACAGGUCGGUAUGCAGACUCCUUCUCUAAAGCUGUGACCAAGAAUGUGAUUGUUGUGGUUCUCGGGAUCUCCAUCAACUACAUCAAUGCGAGCCUCAUUCACACCUUCUGCAAACACCAGGUAUUCUACAUGAAUCCACGCUACAUCCUUUUUAUUCACCUGGUGGUCAACGACAUGAUCCAAGUGAUACUGACUGUCAUCCUGUUUGUCAUCAGCUAUACCAUCUACAAAAUAAAUGUCUCCAUCUGCUGCAUCUUCAUCCUGAUUGCUCUUUUCACCACUGAAAACACCCCUCUGAACCUGGCCUGCAUGGCGGUGGAGUGCUACAUCGCCAUCUGUCUCCCCCUUCGCCACGUGCAGCUCUGUACAGUCAAGAGAACCUUGAUGCUGAUUGGUUUAAUCUGGGCUACUAGCACGUUGUCUGUUAUCUCUGAUCUCUUCAUCACUUUGGCCACAGAGCCACUGGACUUCUUUCUCUCCAGAGUCUUCUGCCUCAGACAAACUGUCUUUCCAAAUCCCCUCAUCAUCAAGAAGAGAGAUAUCACAUAUUCAGCGUUUCUAGUUGUGGUUUGGGUCACUAUCUUUUACACUUACUUCAGAAUUCUGUUCACUGCACAAACAGCUGGCAAAGAUGCUACAAAGGCCAGGAACACAAUCAUCCUCCAUGGAUUUCAGCUGCUGCUUUGUAUGGUAACAUAUGUGGCCCCCCAGAUCAAACAGGCUCUGCUGCAAGCGUUCCCUAAGAAUUAUUCAGACUCCCUGUUCGCUUGUUACAUUAUUGUACAGGUCCUGCCGCGAUCUAUUAGUCCCAUCAUCUAUGGCAUACGAGACAAGACCUUCAGGAGAUAUCUGAAAAGGUAUGUGUUGUGGAAAAUCACCCCACAGAAAGAAUCAGCUCCUGGAGAAUAA